AUCGCCGCCCAUCAAUUCCAUCCGCCCAAUCCCAGCUGCCCGUUGUCUCCCCCGGCUAGCGGCCCCUUUGUUGCUGGCUGCUGGCUGGUGCGCUUGGCUCCCCCCUCCACGCCCCCCCCCUUCCCCGGCAGCUUGUUCCCCAGCCCAAUGCUGGCAGGCUUCUUUGAAAAACGUGCUUGUCCCGUCCUUGACACUCGACAAUCCUGCCGCUUCUCCUUCGGCUUUCCGUUCCAGCAACCUGUCGUCGAUAUUACCACCACCUGCGAACACUGCCUGCCGUCAGUCUUGACCUUCUGUCCGUCUUCACAGCCGCCCAACACCAGACAACAAGACCAAACCCCGGAGACGUCGGCUCAGCGUCAAAAUCGCUUCUGUUUAAUUCGCGACAUUAUCUCAUCCUGUUCCUCGUCUUUAUCCCCGCCCUGCCUCCAGUGGCCCAUUGACCUGCCUCCCGACCUGAGCCAAGCACCACUGCCGUCGCCGACCGUGGCUGCUCCCUUUUCAGUGCCUUGAGACGUUGAAAGCUGUUGAGAAUCGUCACUCGACGCCGCCGUGGGUUGAGCCACGUGCGGACUGGGAUUUCCACACUGCAGCUACUGGCAAACUAGCAACGGCCCAACCAACGUCAUGGAGCAACAACGGCCACCUUCGCAAAAGUUCGGGCCCGCCGCCCUGACAAAUGUGCUGAACUCACCUGAAGACCACAGAGACUCUGCCUACUACUCGAGCGGAGAUGUGUCUAGCAAGCACAACUCCACAGGCUCAGGCCUGGGCGUCCUUAGCCCACCAAACUCCGGUUUCCAAACCUCGCCCGUCGAUAAAACACCAUCGCCCACAACAGCGACCCACCUCCUCCCGCUGCCACUCGUGUCUCCGACGAACAGUAAUAUGAGCGUUGCCUCGAUCGUGUCGCCGACAACCCCUCUCAGCGCCGACCCUCGCCGCUUUGACCGUCCGCAAUCGCUGGAGUCGGCCCCCAACAGCGCCACAUUUGGCCAUGGCGAGCUGCCGGAGCCUAGUAUGUCACGAAGGGAGAGCGUGGAUAGCAGGUUCAACCAGGGAUUCGGGCAAUUGGGAUUGAGCGGGUCCCCCUAUGCAAGCCACAACCAGUCGACGUCGUCAAUCCAGAAUACACUACAGCAACAGAGACAUCCUCGUGCCAACCUCGAUUCUCUUGCUACAAACCGCAUCUCCAAUGGGUAUCAACCAAACGCAGAACGCAAACCCGAAGUUCAUCCCCGAGGAGGAAGAAUUGCGCCAACCAUCACAGGGCCAACCACCAGUCUCAUUGCUCGAGCAGCAGAGCCUACUAAGGGUCAGGCCUGGGCUUUUCCCGAAGAUGACAAUGCUAUUCAACGCAUGUCGGGACCACCCCAGUCCCUGGCAAACUCGAGGAGAAGCAGCGUUGCCGAAUCGUUGGCCAGCAGCCAAUACACAGUUGAUUCAAGGCUGCCUCCCGGACAACGUCGACUCGAAGACCACCACAGCAUGACGGAAUACCAGAGACUUUCGGUCGCCUCGGAGUACUCGACAACCCACCAUCACUCUCUGCAGCACAAGCAGUUGUCUGAUUUGCAGAACGAAGAAGGCGGUCUUCAUGCGGGCAGCCAGCCGUAUAGCAGGACCCCCGAGCUUCGUAUCACCCAUAAGCUGGCUGAGCGGAAACGUCGUACGGAGAUGAAGGAGCUUUUUGAGCAGCUUAGGGAUCUUAUGCCUCAAGAGCGGGGCACCAAGGCUUCCAAGUGGGAGAUUCUCACCAAAGCCAUUCAAGAACACACACGUCAGACCAACACGAUUAGAGAUCUUCAGUCACAUGUUCAGCAGCUUGCCGAGGAGGUAACCAAGCGCGAUGCGCAGAUGGAGGAUAUGAGACGUCAGAUCCAGGAGCUUCAGUACCGCCAGAGUCACUCAAUGCAAGGCCCUCCUCCGCCUGGGUCGGAGCACUACGCGAAUGACCAAUAUGCCAGAGCCCGGCAACAAGCCGAGCUGCCGCCACUUCGGUCUUUCGAUGGGCCAACCAAUGGCGCAGGCCCUGAGGCUAUGACGGGCGUGCAGUACGAAGGUCCACGAUCAAAUGGCACUACCGUUUACACACGCGCACCAGGGGCGCCUUUCCCCAGAUAAAAGUCGACCGGGUUACAUUUGGGGUCGGUGUUUCAUAGUAUCCUCUUCGAGGCGGUUUCUCUCUAUUCAUGUAUGUGUGUGUAUACGAGUCGCCAGAAGAUUCAGGGGUGCUUUUCUCAAGUUGAGGUGCGUCUGGGAUGGAAGGUGGCCUUUUUUUUCCCCUUAUACCUGUAGCUUUUUUUUUUUUUUUUUUUUUUUGGGUCAAUCCGGUGACAAAUACCCCUGGGAAUGGGAGGAUGGCGAAGGAAAGGGGGUUCAAAAAAAGGAAAUCAUUCGGUUGGUCAGUUUGUUCUUUCUACCUUUCUUCAGCUCUAUCUAGAGCUAUCUUUUUUUUUUUGUUCUUCAUCAUCACCGCCUCAGGCGGGAGAAGGGGUUUGGUGUCAUUUUUUUUUCGGGUUUAAGUCGGUGGAUGGGAUACCCUGCUGGCAGCAAGAUACUCGUUUUUUUCUCGGUGUUUGCAGAAAAAGCGGAGGGAUGGAUGGGAUGAUGGUGCUGGAAUAUUUCGAGGCCCAGCCAAUGGACGGUUCGCUUUGAGGCGCAUGAGCCAGCUUGGUUGUGUACAAGGUCUGGAAUAUUGCCAGGAGGUAUGAUGGGAUGAUCAGGGACGUGGAAGGGCGGAAGAUGUUGGGCUUUUUAUGUCCCAUAUGCAGUCGUGCGCAUAACAACUUAACUUGAUUUUGCUGCUGAUGGUGCCUGGCUAUAUAUUUACCCCAUUGAUGGUUUUCCUACUUGCAUUCUUUGGACGGCGGGCUUGGUGAUGGCGUUAUGUAACGUGGUGAAUAUUUGGAGUGGACGGGGCCCUUUAAGGAGGACGGCUUGUUUGGUGUCUACGGUGCCAAUGGUGUGGCGGUAUAACAGGCACAUCUGUACUAUAACAAAAAAGGCGUAAACCUUUUGACUUUGAUAUCAUGACCUUGGUGCUGGCUUGUUGCUGGAGAGGAUUGGCUUAAUAAACAAGUGAAAUAAGCUCAUCCGGUUCAAGUUGCUCUGAGUGGGCUGUGAUACAAUCCAACAGUGAUGUCUAC